AUGCCGCAUCUUCCAGGACUUGGUGAUCUAGAAUGUGUUCCAGGCGAACCGUUUCCAGAGAUUACUCUUCCUGUCGAUAUCACCAAAUAUGUAUCCGCACCGUCGCUACCUCGCGAUGUUGAAGCUUGGGAAAUGUUUCUAAAAGUAUUAUUCUAUCUGAUUGCUUUUGUAUUGGAUAUUGUUGGUAACUCGAUAGUUAUACUGAUAAUUAUUCUUAACAAAAAGAUGAGAACUACCACCAAUAUAUUGAUAUUAAACCUAUCUGUAUCUGAUAUAAUGGUCGGAAUAUUUUGUAUGUGGGUUCAUGUUGGAAAUCAGAUCUCUGCCGAGUGGAUAUUUGGUGAAGUGGUUUGUAAGGUGAACAACUUUAUACAAGUUUUAGCGCUAACAUCCAGCGUGCUGACCUUAACUGUUAUAUCAAUAGAAAGAUAUAUAGCUAUCGUACAUCCAUUUAAACCAAAAUGGUCGCCAGUUAUAACCGGAAGUAUUAUCAUCGCCGAUUGGGUGUUGGCAAUAGCUAUAGCUACACCUCAUUUAUUUGUCCGUAAACAAUAUCAACAGGUAUGUUCAGCUAAAUGGCCGACAUACUAUAUUGAUAAAGAUUGUGAAACUUCAGAGCCUGGUAAAAUAAUAUAUUAUAUCAUUGAAGGAUGUAUAAUGUACUUCCUACCUAUAGUCAUAAUGAUAAUAACUUAUACUAUUAUCUCGGUUCGAUUACUGGUCCGAAAAACACCCGGGGUAGUGAUCACUUCUACUGCUACAACUCAACAAAAAGCAAAAAGAAAGGUUAUUAAGAUGUUAAUAGCAGUAUUAGUGGUUUUCAUCGUUUGCUGGACACCUCAGCAGGUUUUACUAAUAUGGGAUGUAUUCAGAGAAAAAAAUCCAGCUGAUUAUGUCAGUUUAUUGAAAUAUGUCGCCCUUUAUGUGGCUUAUUUUAACAGUGCCAUAAACCCAAUAUUAUAUGGUGGCUUGAAUGAAAACUUCAGGAAAGGUUUCUCAGAAGCCUUUAGAUGUAUUCUGUUGAAACGGCGUAAUAAGAUCACACCAAGUACGUUUCUUUUCAUUUCUUUUCCUGUUUCUCCUGGAAUAAAUAACGGCAUGGAAAACGAUCAUUAUGGUUUCUAUUCAUAA